AGCCCGCGGUGGUUAUGGCAGUAGGCGCGGCGUGAGACGAAACGAGUUCAUUCAUCUUCCUACUUUGCCGCGGCAUUGACUGCGCGAAUAAAUCUGUUUCGUCCGCGUCUCACCGCGAAUAAAUAAAUAGUCAACGUUUUAUUAACUGGCGCUCAUUGCUGGUGUCAGUGUCAUAUAGGCAACACGCCUUCACACGAAAUAUUGACAUUAGUCAUCUGUGAUAUUAUAACGAUUAAUAAAUACCAUUUAGGUUAUAUUAAUCGGACACCGGCAGGGUGAUGAUCAGUGUAGCGUGAGGCAGGCGAGUGCUCAGUGACUUAUCUAAAACUUUCGAGAUGGAGUCCGCCACUUGGAAGUACAAUUUGGACACUACUCCGAAUUACUCAUACAUUUUCGAUUUUGAGAGCGAGUUUAUCCAUCAAAAUUCAAGGAAAUGGAUGACGGAGAAUUGGACUGUAGCGUUUUACUACGUGGGGGUGUACAUGGCUAUCAUUUUCUUCGGGCAUCGCUACAUGCAGACUCGUCCCAGAUUCGAGCUGACGCGGACGCUGAUCGUAUGGAACAGCGCGCUCGCGGCAUUCAGCAUCAUGGGCGCGUGCCGGACCCUGCCGGAGUUCAUCCACGUGCUACGGAACUACGGGCUCUACCACUCCGUAUGUGUUCCCAGUUUCAUCGAGGCAGACAAAGUGUCCGGUUUCUGGACGUGGAUGUUCGUGCUCUCUAAAGUGCCCGAGCUGGGCGACACGGUGUUCAUAAUCCUGCGCAAGAAGCCGCUCAUCUUCCUGCACUGGUACCACCACAUCACCGUGCUGCUAUACUCUUGGUUCUCUUUCACCGAGUUCACGUCCUCGGCGCGCUGGUUCGUCGUUAUGAACUAUUGUGUGCACAGCGUGAUGUACUCGUACUACGCGCUGGUGAGCAUGGGCAAGUACCCGCCCAAGGCCCUCGCCAUGACCAUCACGGUCCUGCAGCUGACGCAGAUGAUCGUCGGCUGCGCCAUCAACGUGUGGGCCCACAACUACAUCACCAGCGCCACCGGCGCCUGCGGCAUCAGCAACUUCAACAUCAAACUCUCCAUGGCCAUGUAUUUCUCAUACUUCGUGCUUUUUGCUCGCUUCUUCUACAAAGCCUACCUCUCUCCCAAAUCGGGGAAGAAAGCCAAAUCGGAACCGGUCGAGAGUCAAGCUCCCAGCGCCAAGAAGAAUUACAACGAGUAUCCUCGGCAACGGAACGGAGUCGUCGGCGUGGCCCACUAGUCGUAGCGAGUUGUGAUAUGUGCUAGGUUAUUGUACAGUUCCCGUAUGGCUGUAAGGGUACCGAACGGAUCGGACGCGCCGGCUCGACCGCAACAUUCGUUGAGAGCGUGAACAUUCUUUCGGAAUUCCAUUAUUUUCGGAACAAACAACUUUCAAAUGACGCUAACAAAACGUCAAACGCAUGUUGUGAAUAAUUUAUUAGGUGAUUAGGUUGAAUAAUGCUUCUAAUUAUUUGCUCAUUUUGGUGUUCGGUUUAGUUUCAUCUAGAUUAAUUGGGAAAUUAUUGAUGUGCUUCGCACGCAAUUACAUACUAUAAUUAUUAGAUGUAAAUUCAAACAUUUCUUGUACAUAAUAAUGAUGGGACAUGACCAUCGCGACACCGACACUAGUCAUAAGAUCAGUGGCGGUGGCGCUACAAGCGAUACACGUGCAAAAACUUUUAGAUGAAAAGAAGAUCAAUAACUGCGAAUCGUAUUAGGCAAAAUGUAGGUCGUAUUUGAAGCUUGGUUGUUGCGUUGCGGCCGGCCGUCCACCGCCAGCGCCGGGCGCGCGAUACAUUCCGCUAGUUUGUACAGCUGGCCCGAAAUGACUCGUCGGUAAACCUAACUUCUACCAGCAGAAAUAAUUCUCGAAUUGAAGCAAAAAGUCAGUAUUUAAAAACACCCGGAUAUCAACCGAUCGACUUUAAAACAGGUUGAUCGCGAACGUAUUGACAUAAAGUUAAAAAUGUAAGUCUGACAGGUAUCGCGUGGCACAGACAUUUUUUUAUAAUCCAUUGUGGGCUGUUCUGUUGAUAGUCGAUCACAUAGGAUUACCGAUGGUGUCAUCUUCGUCUAUUGGCUUUAGUGUACGCUUCUGUGAGUAGUGGCGCCCUCCCAGAGUGAACUGAUGCUUUUAAAUGGGUUAUUUUCUUUAUACCUUCUAGUAACUUUUUUCGACGCUUUUGUACGUGAACUAGGAUCAUACAUAAACACUGUAAAAAUAACUUAUUAAAACGUUAUAGUGGCAUUUAAUAAAUAUCUGCCGCUUUAGAGUUCGUAUUUACGUCCGCUCUGUUAAACUUUAUAGCAACUUUUACCCCACAUUGUACGAUCUGCUGCUCUCCGACCCAUAUAAAAGCAGUAGUUUUUUGUUGUUGUUUAUCGUAUUUAUUACUUAAAGAAAACUGAGUGAUUUAAAGGUAAUUUAUUUGUAAAUGGGUUAUAUACCUCUACAUUUAGUAAGGUUAUGGUUUCGCUGUGUGACCGUUGUUGUCUAGGUUAGAUAACUUUGAAACGCUUGUCAAACAAGUGCACAAAGUGUAAGAUUACAAUUCCUGUUAGGGGAAUAAGCAAUAUUAAUGUUUGGUGAAAUUGACAGUGCUUUAGUGGGGGCCUAUGAAUUAGAUGGUCCAGUUUUAUAAGAGGUGUGAAUCGUGUCUAAAGAUCCAUCCCCAUCGGUUUAGAAAUAUAUUUGCUUACGAAAUUAUUAUUAUUAAUGGUUGCAUGAUUAAACUAAACUCUGAGAACUGAACCAUCGACGUGAUAGUAUGCUAGCCACAAAUAAUUCCAAAUAAAAUAAACUUCAAAUGUCUUUAGGCUUCGCCUUAGUAUUGAGGUAGCCAGUAAAGGUCAUUGAAUUUGUGCCAUGUAAAGGUACUGGCGCUAGUGUAUAUAGCGCAACCGGGUGAAUAAACUACUAUGUAUCGCUUCUGGUCGAAAA